AUGGUGUCAGGCUCCGGUAAGUCCUCCAGGGCUCAGUGGGAGUGCAGCAAGCACGCUGCUGCAUGCAGUGUUGUGGCUCGCCGGACGCGCCAGGUGGCAUCACAGUCAAGCCACAAACCGCACAAAGCUACGGCGGUCCAGGAGGUGCUGCAGGAAAGAGACGAGGCAAGGCAAGAGACUGUGGCCACACGCAAGAAUGCGCGGCAGAGUGUCCAUGCGGCUGACACCGCCGUAUGGAAGGCUCAUCGGGACAAGUACAACACAACGUGUUCCCGGGAUCACCUUCAAGCGAAGCUUGCAGAGCGGUGCAUCAACACCGGCGCCACGUCAAGCUCAACCGUGCCAGCUCACGCCGCCAGCGCCAUAUCCCAGUCGCUGCAUGCUCUGCCAGUGGCUCCCGGGUCACCCAUCGCCUCGCUGACGCCCAAGCAGUGUGAACGCGUGGCAGGAAGCGGCGUGCAGCAAACAAAUUACAAUGCGGAGAAGAUGUUCGCCGCGAAUGACACCUCCAAGUCGAGCUUUGUACGCCGGCACCUGUCAGGUUCCCCCGGAGAUUUGACAUAUCUUUGGCGGCUGGGUCAGAAGCCUGACAGCUCGAGACUAGGGAAGAAGUGGGCCACGUUAAUGGUUGCGAAAGAACACCGCGUACAGAAGAAAAACGUGUUGAUUGAUGGGAUCACGCCGAUUUUGGAUCCGGAGUAUUGGUGGAAUGUGGACAAGUGUUCUAUUACCAUUGAGAAAGACAUCAAACCGCAGCUGUACUGGCACAAACGCGCCAAUCCGUCGGCGAAGAUUGCGGUCACAGGCAAGAAGGAUGUGCUUCUCACUACACUACUUUCAGCUAUUGAUACUUACAACGAAGCUCAUCUGACUUUGCCCAGUGUUUCUGACAUAACAGAUGCACCAAUCCCCUCACUAGUUCUGACUUCUGAUGACCUGAGCAUGUACCAUAACAAGUCUGACUCUGAUUGCGAGUACGAGGAGGAGGAGCUCCUGCACUCCUGA